AUGUUCCUCCUCGUCGGCCGCUCUUGCCCACGUCAGACCGCUUUCCUCGUCGCCCGUGCUUUCCCUCAUUACCCUCCCCGACCCUCUGGUCGCAUAUGUUCCCGUAGUGGCCCAUGCUCUCCCACGUUAACCACACAUCCCCUCGUCGCAAUUGCCAGUAGUAAACAUACCGCGCUUCAGAUCGUCACCCGCGCUCCCCUCAUCACCCUCGUCGACCCACACCGAUCCUCGCCGCCCUCCCCUCCCUUCGUCACCGACAUUCCCUCUCGUCGCUCGCGCUUCCCCUCAUCACCCGUUCCGACCCUCACCGCCCUUGCCUCCCCUCGUCGCCCGCGCGUCCCGUCGUCGGGCUUGCCUCCCAAUGGGGAGGAACAGAUGGGGAGGAACGGAUGGGGAGGAACGGAUGGGGAGAAACAGAGGUGGUCGCUUCCGCCACCACAAUCGAACAGCGUUCUGAUUCCCUCUCUGCUCCCCACCAUCCUCCCCCCAGCUCUCUCCCCGGCAUCUGCCCCCGUUCCCCCCAUCCUCUUCCCUGUUUCCCCGUAUCCCCUGCCGUGCUUCCCCCCAUCCUAUCCCCUCUUACCCCGUAUCCCCUGCCCUGCUUCCCCCCAUCCCCUUCCCUGCUUCCCCCCAUCCCCUUCCCUGCUUCCCCUCGUCCCCUCCCCUGCUUUCCCCCAUCCCCUUCCCUGCUUCCCUCCAUCCCCUUCCCUGCUUUCCCCCAUCCCCUACCCUGCUUCCCCCCAUCCCCCUCCCUGCUUCCCCCCAUCCCCUUCCCUGCUUCCCCCCAUCCCCUGCCCUGCUUCCCCCCAUCCCCUUCCCUACUUUCCCCCAUCCCCUGCCCUGCUUCCCCCAUCCCGUCCCGUGCUUCCCCCCAUCCCCUUCCCUGCUUCCCCCCAUCCCCUUCCCUGCUUCCCUCCUUCCCUUUCCCUGCUUCACCCCAUCCCAUCCCCUGCUUCCCCCCAUCCCGUCCCGUGCUUCCCCCCAUCCCCUUCCCUGCUUCCCCCCAUCCCCCUCCCUGAUUCCCCCCAUCCCCUUCCCUUCUUCCCCCCAUCCCCUCCCCUUCUUCCUCCCAUCCCCUUCCCUGCUUCCCCCCAUCCCCUUCCCUGCUUCCCCCCAUCCCCUGCCCUGCUUCCCCCCAUCCCCUCCCCUGCUUCCCCCAUCCCGUCCCGUGCUUCCCCCCAUCCCCUUCCCUGCUUCACCCCAUCCCCUUCCCUGCUUCCCCUCAUCCCCUCCCCUGCUUCCCCCCAUCCCCCUCCCUGUUUCCCCCCAUCCCCUUCCCUACUUCCCCCCAUCCCCUACCCUGCUUCCCCCCAUCCCCCUCCCUGCUUCCCCCCAUCCCCUUCCCUGCUUCCCCCCAUCCCCUGCCCUGCUUCCCCCCAUCCCCUUCCCUACUUUCCCCCAUCCCCUGCCCUGCUUCCCCCCAUCCCGUCCCGUGCUUCCCCCCAUCCCCUUCCCUGCUUCCCCCCAUCCCCUUCCCUGCUUCCCCCCAUCCCCUUCCCUGCUUCCCCCCUUCCCUUUCCCUGCUUCACCCCAUCCCCUCCCCUGCUUCCCCCCAUCCCGUCCCGUGCUUCCCCCCAUCCCCUUCCCUGCUUCCCCCCAUCCCCCUCCCUGAUUCCCCCCAUCCCCUUCCCUUCUUCCCCCCAUCCCCUCCCCUUCUUCCUCCCAUCCCCUUCCCUGCUUCACCCCAUCCCCUUCCCUGCUUCCCCCCAUCCCCUUCCCUGCUUCCCCCCAUCCCCCUCCCUGAUUCCCCCCAUCCCCUUCCCUUCUUCCCCCCAUCCCCUCCCCUUCUUCCUCCCAUCCCCUUCCCUUCUUCCCCCAUCCCCUCCCCUUCUUCCUCCCAUCCCCUUCCCUGCUUCCCCUCGUCCCCUCCCCUGCUUCCCUCCAUCCCCUUCCCUGCUUUCCCCCAUCCCCUACCCUGCUUCCCCCCAUCCCCCUCCCUGCUUCCCCCCAUCCCCUUCCCUGCUUCCCCCCAUCCCCUGCCCUGCUUCCCCCCAUCCCCUGCCCUGCUUCCCCCCAUCCCCUUCCUACUUUCCCCCAUCCCCUGCCCUGCUUCCCCCCAUCCCGUCCCGUGCUUCCCCCCAUCCCCUUCCCUGCUUCCCCCCAUCCCCUGCCCUGCUUCCCCCCAUCCCGUCCCGUGCUUCCCCCCAUCCCCUUCCCUGCUUCCCCUCGUCCCCUCCCCUGCUUCCCUCCAUCCCCUUCCCUGCUUCCCCCCAUCCCCCUCCCUGCUUCCCCCCAUCCCCUUCCCUGCUUUCCCCCAUCCCCUACCCUGCUUCCCCCCAUCCCCCUCCCUGCUUCCCCCCAUCCCCUGCCCUGCUUCCCCCCAUCCCGUCCCGUGCUUCCCCCCAUCCCCUUCCCUGCUUCCCCCCAUCCCCUUCCCUGCUUCCCCCAUCCCCUGCCCUGCUUCCCCCCAUCCCGUCCCGUGCUUCCCCCCAUCCCCUUCCCUGCUUCCCCCAUCCCCUGCCCUGCUUCCCCCCAUCCCCUCCCCUGCUUCCCCCCAUCCCCCUCCCUGUUUCCCCCCAUCCCCUUCCCUUCUUUCCCCCAUCCCUUCCCCUGCUUCCCCCCUUCCCUUUCCCUGCUUCACCCCAUCCCCUCCCCUGCUUCCCCCCAUCCCGUCCCGUGCUUCCCCCCAUCCCCUUCCCUGCUUCCCCCCAUCCCCUUCCCUGCUUCCCCCCAUCCCCUUCCCUACUUUCCCCCAUCCCCUGCCCUGCUUCCCCCCAUCCCGUCCCGUGCUUCCCCCCAUCCCCUUCCCUGCUUCCCCCCAUCCCCUUCCCUGCUUCCCCCCUUCCCUUUCCCUGCUUCACCCCAUCCCAUCCCCUGCUUCCCCCCAUCCCCUGCCCUGCUUCCCCCCAUCCCGUCCCGUGCUUCCCCCCAUCCCCUUCCCUGCUUCCCCCCAUCCCCCUCCCUGAUUCCCCCCAUCCCCUUCCCUUCUUCCCCCCAUCCCCUCCCCUUCUUCCUCCCAUCCCCUGCCCUGCUUCCCCCCAUCCCGUCCCGUGCUUCCCCCCAUCCCCUUCCCUGCUUCCCCCCAUCCCCUUCCCUGCUUCCCCCCAUCCCCUGCCCUGCUUCCCCCAUCCCCUCCCCUGCUUCCCCCCAUCCCCCUCCCUGCUUCCCCCCAUCCCCUGCCCUGCUUCCCCCCAUCCCGUCCCGUGCUUCCCCCCAUCCCCUUCCCUGCUUCCCCCCAUCCCCUUCCCUGCUUCCCCCAUCCCCUGCCCUGCUUCCCCCCAUCCCGUCCCGUGCUUCCCCCCAUCCCCUUCCCUGCUUCCCCCCAUCCCCUGCCCUGCUUCCCCCCAUCCCCUCCCCUGCUUCCCCCCAUCCCCCUCCCUGUUUCCCCCCAUCCCCUUCCCUUCUUUCCCCCAUCCCUUCCCCUGCUUCCCCCCUUCCCUUUCCCUGCUUCACCCCAUCCCCUCCCCUGCUUCCCCCUAUCCCGUCCCGUUCAUGUUCCAUCCCCUUCCCUGCUUCCCCCCAUCCCCUUCCCUUCUUCCCCCAUCCCCUUCCCUGCUUCCCCCCUUCCCUUUCCCUGCUUCACCCCAUCCCCUCCCCUGCUUCCCCCCAUCCCGUCCCGUGCUUCCCCCCAUUCCCUUCCCUGCUUCCCCCCAUCCCCUUCCCUGCUUCCCCCCAUCCCCUUCCCUACUUUCCCCCAUCCCCUGCCCUGCUUCCCCCCAUCCCGUCCCGUGCUUCCCCCCAUCCCCUUCCCUGCUUCCCCCCAUCCCCUUCCCUGCUUCCCCCCUUCCCUUUCCCUGCUUCACCCCAUCCCAUCCCCUGCUUCCCCCCAUCCCCUGCCCUGCUUCCCCCCAUCCCGUCCCGUGCUUCCCCCCAUCCCCUUCCCUGCUUCCCCCCAUCCCCCUCCCUGAUUCCCCCCAUCCCCUUCCCUUCUUCCCCCCAUCCCCUCCCCUUCUUCCUCCCAUCCCCUGCCCUGCUUCCCCCCAUCCCGUCCCGUGCUUCCCCCCAUCCCCUUCCCUGCUUCCCCCCAUCCCCUUCCCUGCUUCCCCCCUUCCCUUUCCCUGCUUCACCCCAUCCCCUCCCCUGCUUCCCCCCAUCCCGUCCUGUGCUUCCUCCCAUCCCCUUCCCUGCUUCCCCCCAUCCCCUUCCCUGCUUCCCCCCAUCCCCUGCCCUGCUUCCCCCCAUCCCCUCCCCUGCUUCCCCCCAUCCCCCUCCCUGUUUCCCCCCAUCCCCUUCCCUUCUUUCCCCCAUCCCUUCCCCUGCUUCCCCCCUUCCCUUUCCCUGCUUCACCCCAUCCCCUCCCCUGCUUCCCCCCAUCCCGUCCCGUUCAUGUUCCAUCCCCGUCCCGUGCUUCCCCCCAUCCCCUUCCCUGCUUCCCCCCAUCCCCUUCCCUGCUUCCCCCCAUCCCCUGCCCUGCUUCCCCCCAUCCCCUCCCCUGCUUCCCCCCAUCCCCCUCCCUGCUUCCCCCCAUCCCCUUCCCUUCUUUCCCCCAUCCCUUCCCCUGCUUCCCCCCUUCCCUUUCCCUGCUUCACCCCAUCCCCUCCCCUUCUUCCCCCCAUCCCCUUCCCUGCUUCCCCCAAUCCCCUUCCCUGUUUCCUCCAAUCCCCUUCCCUGUUUCCCCCCACAGGGGGACGCACGCGCAACAGGGGGGCAGCGCAGCAGACUUGUGUGCAAUCUCAGUGA